AUGAGAGCCUCUGGCCACUCACUCACCUCCCUUCGCCUGGGGCCCACUCCCGGGGAUGCAUACGACUGGGAAGACCUGCAUGCGCAGGAACAGCAACAUGCCGAGCAGCACAGCCAUGCCGAGCAGCAGCGGCAUGCAUUAGGACAGCACGAGCGCAUCUCCCCGGUGUUUCUCCAGCACUAUCCGCAGCUGCAGCAGCUGCAUCUCGAGCGUGCCAACUGGAACCUCAGCAGCCUCAAUCCCUCGUGGCUCACGGCCCUAAGGACCCUCACCGUCCACCAUUCCCACUGCACCGCCUCAGACUUCGAGUUUCUUGCCCAUAUCACACCGCAGCUGCAAGAACUCUCCCUCUACGUUCUCAACCAGGGGGGUUGCACCCUCAACUUUAGCUUCUCCGCUGCUCAAUCCAUCCACCUCGUUUUGGACCGGCACAGUGUGCACCUCAACCUCGCCCUCCCUGCCUCUCUCAAGUCUUUGUCCGUUUCAGCGGAUUCUCUGGAUCUUGAAUGUCACUCUGACCCGCCACUCUCCCUCGAUUUCCUCAUGCUGAUUGGUCGCAAGCGCCUCGUGGUGUCAUCCCUCCCACUAGCAUCAGCCAAAGACGUCUACCUGAACGCACCGAGCAUGCACGAGGAGUCGUUUGAUCCUCUCACCAACCCCCCUUGCCCCCUCCAGAGUUCUCCCAGCCAUCAUUUCAAAUCCCGGGAGCUUUAUGCCUCUUCCGUAUCUGAAUCCUCAUUAAUCCGCGUGCUGCAAUCAGUAGCGCCAACAGUGGAGGCGCUGAUGGUGCCGCACUCGCUGCCGAUAGAGGCAGUGGAGGGCGAGUGGAGGGCGCUGCACCGUCUUGCAAUCGGCACGAAUCGACCACGUAGUAAGUUGUCGCAGGCCAUGGCUAGCGAUGGGAAGAAAGUGCUGGAGGAAAUGUCUGCUCUCAAUCUGGCAUCACCGUCUGAUGCUGCAAAUUAUCGUGAGAGUCUAGACGUGGUUGAUUUUCUGCCUGGCCCCAUCUGGCACAUCAUCUUCCGCCACCUGCUGCUGCCACCGACUGAUUCCACUGAGCUGCAAAACCAGGGCAACUCCUUGGCCGAAUUGCAGGAGAGAGAAGGCAGCAUCUCUUCUGUUGAUACCAGUCCGGAUUCUGCCAGCGAUCAGCAUGAGGAGAAUGCGAGGUGCUUCGGCUCCUCCUGGCCUCUGCUGCGCUGUGCCAUGGCCAGCAAGAGGCUCCUCCACCACGUCAUCUCCUUCUCUGAGGUGGAGCCUAUCUCCCUCGUACAGACCGCUCACGAUUCCGAGUGGAACAAAACGCUUUUCUGGUUCCUUCAACAGCCAGGUCACAAGUCCCUUGACCUCGAUUUCAGAAGCUUAAAGGAUCUGCAGACGAUCGGUGAUCUUAUAGCAUCUUCUGCUCACUCCCUCGCAAGCCUGAGCCUAGAAAUCGAGGAAUCUGCCAACGAAGGGGAAGUUAACCACUUCAGGACCGGAGAGAUCUCUCCAGCCUUUCUUGAGAAUUUUGGCCAGCUGCAGCGGCUGAAGCUAGGCUGUGGACGGUGGAGCUUGAAUGCUGCAUGGUUCAAGGCGCUAAGGAGUCUGAGCAUCGAGUAUGUGUCUACCUACGGAGACGACUAUUUUGUCCUGUCUUCACUCUCACCACAGCUAUAUGAGUUCUCACUUACCCUCACCAGUCAUGGCUCUAACAUCCUUGAUUUCGAGUUCACUGUUGCUCGAGUCAUUACACUCAGUUUUAGGAACCGAAAGCUCGAAGCCCGUUUCUCCCUUCCGGCCUCUUUAAAGACCCUUUCGCUCACAGCGGCGUCUCUUCACGUCGACUGCAAGUGCGACAGCCCUCUCGCUCUCGACUCUCUGAAACUAGUUGGCCGCCAUCAGCUCUCCAUAUCUUCGCUCCCAUUGGCGUCCGUCGGCUUAGCAGUUUUGAACGGACCCGCCACCAACGACGACGUCGACCCGCCAUCAAUUCCGCUUUCAGGUUCCGCCUCUCGACUCGCCUUGACGCAGCUGCUAAGCAGCAUAGCGCCUACAGUGGAGACAUUGCUGGUGAAGCAUGGCUGGCCUUUGGAGGACGUUGAUGCAGAGUGGAGCCGCCUGCGCUGCCUUGGGAUUGGCGUGAGGGGCAACAGCGGUGGUGGGGAGUGCGACAUGGUGGCAAUAGAGGAUGAAGAAGAUCCUUACGAUUUGCUGAGUAGGGGCAGCAGGCGAGAAGUGAUCAGGCCUCCUUUCAUCAAUGCUCCAGCCUUGAAGUUUUUUUACUUCCCGACGCGACAGUUUCAGCCUGAGACGCUGGCGUCGCUGCGCAGGCACUUUCCUUCCCUCGCAUGGUACCACAUUGUGGGCCGAUUGUUUCUGUGGGACGGGAAGGGGGAACAGCGGAGAAAGGAGCCCUUAGUGUUGACAUUACCCUCUCCCGAGGUGCCGGAUGAUUGGACCAUGAGGUUCCUUCAAACCUUUUUGCUCUUUGAGGAGGCGGCGAAAGGUGAGGCAAGGUAUACUGGUAUCCAUGCCAUGGGGUUCACCUCACCUGUUGUGGUGGUGGAAUUGGUGGUGAUGGGAUGGGGCUACGGGGUGCUGGCAGUGCGGUUGGGAAUGGUAGGCAUGUGUGCUGUGUGGCCGCGGCGAGUGAUAAUGCGGGUGUAA